AUUUUGCUUGAAAGACCAACUUGACCACAAGAACACUGUUCCAUAAUAAACAAGAUAAGGAAAAGAAAACAAACAAUCCGUGGAAUAAAAACGUUUUUUCCGAUAAUCUAUAUAAGUCAACCAAAGCUUUACAUAAAAAAAAACAUAACAACAUUAAACAUGGCAAGCUCUCGAUCAAUUUCGAUCAUCUUCUUCAUCUACACAAUAAUCUUAUCUAGCAGCUCAAUCAACUGCAAAGGAAAUAAUAAUAAUUUGGUAACAAACCAAACUGCUUUGUUCGUGUUCGGAGAUUCUCUGUUCGAUGCCGGAAACAACAACUACAUUGAUACUACCUUCCGAUCUAAUUUCUGGCCUUACGGUCAAACCACUUUCAAGUUCCCCACCGGAAGAAUCUCUGACGGACGUUUGAUUCCUGACUUCAUCGCUGAGAACGCAUGGUUACCGUUGAUCCCACCAAAUCUACAACCAAGCAACAGUAACAAUCAAUUUACCUAUGGAGUUAGUUUUGCUUCCGCCGGUGCCGGAUCUUUGGUCGAAACCUUUCCCGGAACGGUGAUAAAUUUGGGAACACAACUAAAUAGCUUCAUGAACGUUGAAAGGAUGCUGAGAUCUGAACUAGGAAACGCAGAGGUCAAGAAGAUUUUUUCAAGAGCUGUUUAUUUGUUUCAUAUCGGUGGCAACGACUUAUUUUAUCCAUUUAGUGCAAACUCGUCACUCUUUCAAUCAAAUUCUAUAGAAAAAUUCGUUGACUUUGUUAUUGGUAACACAACAUCCGUGAUCAAGCAAGUGUAUAAAAUGGGAGGAAGGAAGUUCGGGUUCUUGAAUGUAGGAGCAUACGACUGUGCACCAGGCGCAUCGAUCUUGGACAGAACAAACAUAGGAUCAUGUUUCAAACCAGUCACCGAGCUCGUCGAUUUACACAACAAAAAGUUUGCGGAUGCUCUAAGUCGGCUUCAACGUGAACUAUCCGGUUUCAGAUACGCCCUUCAUGACUAUCACACUUCUUUAUUAGAAAGAAUCAACAAUCCUUCGAUAUACGGUUUUAAGGAAGGGAAGAAGGGAUGUUGUGGAAGCGGACCGUUAAGGGGAAUCAAUACUUGUGGGAACCGUAUGGGACAAAGUUUCGAGUUAUGCGAAAACGUUACCGAUUAUUUGUUUUUCGAUUCCACUCAUUUGACGGAGAAGGCUCAUCGACAAAUCGCAGAGCUGAUCUGGAACGGACCGCCUAAUGUCACUGGACCUUAUAAUCUCAAAGCUUUAUUUGAAUUUAAUUAGAAUCGCCAAUGUAUCACGGAAAAUAAAGUCGAGAUCAUCAAUAUAUAGCUUAUCCAAUCUUGUUGGUCAUAUAUAUACUUCGUGUUCACAAUAAUAAUAAUAUCGAUGAAUGUUUUGUAAUAAUAUCACAAGAUGUUGUCUUUCACAUGUCUGCUGAUAAAGCGAUCCUCUCAGUCAUCAUUUGAUCAUGUGAUUUCUAAACUUUACAGUUUACUUUAGCUAAUAAUACACUACAAGAAAACGUUUCCAUAAGACCGAAGAUAUUUCGUCGUAAAUUUACAUGGUGUUUACAACGCAGUUACGAGGAGACCAACUUUCGUUGUAAACGCCAUGUAAAUUUACGACGAAAUAUUUUCGUCGUAAAAUCCAUGUAAGUUUACGACGAAAGUACUUGGAAUGAGAAAUACGUCGUAAUCAUUACAUCGACAUUACAACGAAACAUGUUACCGUUAUAUUUAGGUGAAAACGUGUAUUCAAUGCGCUUUAACUUACC